CACAACGGAGCCUAGCUAGCUAGGCCUAUAUAUACCCAUCACCACCCGGAACUAAAAGAUGCAGACUUGAGCUAGCUGUGUUACCAAUUAACUUGUGAAUAAUCAGCACAGCUCAAGCCUGUCAGUCACUAAAGUGCAUCCAUCAAGCAUGGGGUUCAUGUCUCUGCUGCUGCUGGCAUCGUCUCCGGUCGUGGAAGUGCUCCUCAUCGCCCUCGUCGGCGCCUACCUCGCAUCCCCCAGCCAUGGCCACGGCCUCCUCACCCCCACCGCGCGCACCCACAUCAACCGCGUCGUCUACGCCGUCUUCACCCCGGCGCUCAUGAUCUCCAGCCUCUCCCGGACGGUCACGCUCCGGGACGCCGUCUCAUGGUGGUUCAUGCCGGUCAACAUCGGCAUCAUCUUCCUAGCAGGCGGGCUCCUUGGCUGGGCCGCCGUCUUCCUCCUCCGGCCCCCGCAGCACCUCAGGGGACUCGUCGUGGCGUCGUGCUCCGCCGCUAACUUUGGUAACUUGCUCCUCAUCAUGAUCCCCGCCGUGUGCCAGGAGGAAGGGAACCCUUUCGUCGUCCACCACGGCGACCAAGAGGGCGUCUGCACCGACCGAGGACUCUCCUACGCAUCCUUCUCCAUGGCCCUUGGAGGAUUGUACAUCUGGACGCACACGUACAGCGUCAUGAAGAGGUCCAGCGAGAUAUACCGCAAGAUGAACGUUCAUGACUCCACCCUUGUUCAUGAUCAUCCCAGCAAGGACUCUCUGAGAUCAGAGGAACAACACCAGCUAGAAGAGCCCACUUGGAACGGCGGCGGCGACGAAGAGGGGCUUGUGCCGUCAGAUAACUCUGUCGUCCUCCAUGAGAAGGAACAGAGCAAAGCUCUGCUGAUGCCACUGGUGUCUACCUAUCAUCAUUCCAGUGGGAAUACAAUGAGCAACAGCGUUUGGGACAAGCUCAAGCAUGGCACCCACCAGAUCCUCCAGGAGCUCACCGGGCCGCCGACCAUCAGCGCCGUUCUAGGGUUCAUCAUCGGCGCCGUGCCGUGGCUGAGGUCGGUGUUCGUAGGCGAUGAAGCUCCCCUGCGAGUCGUCCAAGACGCCCUAAAAAUACUUGGAGAUGGCACCAUCCCCUGUGUUACUCUCAUCCUCGGAGGAAACCUCACCAAAGGUGUGCGGAAGACGGCAGUGUCGCGGUGGGUGAUUGUGGCGAUCAUCGGCAUCCGGUACGUGGCCCUGCCGUUGAUCGGGAUGGCGGUGGUGAAGUCGGCGCGGGAGCUCGGGUUCCUGCCGGCCGACCCGCUGUACCAGUACGUGCUGAUGCUCCAGUUCGCGCUGCCCCCCGCGAUGAGCAUCGGCACCAUGGCACAGCUCUACGACGUCGCCCAGGAGGAGUGCUCCGUCAUCUUCCUCUGGACUUACCUUGUCGCCGCACUCGCGCUCACCUUCUGGUCUACCAUCUUCAUGUCCAUCCUCUCCUAGGAAACGAAAAGAACUGGCCCAUACUCCACCUACCAACUGCCAAUCAUACAUACAGGAGGGGAUCAAUUAAUCCUAGCUACUGCGGCAUACAGUUCUCUUUCCUUUUCCCCAUUUUUUGAGAGAAGCAGCAGCAGCAGCAGCAAAUUUGGUUUGGAACAAGUGGCAUGUAUGUAUAGAUUUGCUAUUAAUAUAAUACACUAGUAGUAUUGAUCAA